AUGACUUCACCCACAGCCCAUGAAAUUGGACCAGAGCAGGCCUGGGACGAAUUAAUGGCACGUGGGAAGCAACAUGCUCAAGAAGCUCAAUGGGAGCUGGCUCUCCAGGUGUAUACCACUGCCAUGAGUUUGUGCUCUGAUCCUACACUUCAGAGCGAUACUGCUCGAAGACACAGAGUAUUGAAAGACCUUGCCUACACGAACAGAUGCAUGGGUAGGUACGAGCAAUCGCUAACUAUCCUCGACGAGCUUGUUCCCCAACUGUCGACUUCUGAUCCUCUGAGACUGAACGUUACUGGAGAGCUGGGCGUUCUAUAUCGCCAGUUGAAUCGACUCGAGGAAGCCAGAGAUGCCUUUUACGAACAGUACAAGCUAGCGACACAACUGAACGAGCUGCAAAGAAUGUGCAGGGCGGUGGGAAAUCUAGGAAUGGCCAAUUACCAACUCGCACAACGAGACCACGACACGGGCUUACUGGACCUGGCUGCGAAGCAACUUCAGGAGCGUGUCCGCCUAGCACAAGACCUUCGAGAUGCCAGUGCUGCAGACCCUACCAAGGCUUCAAAGCACGACUACUAUACGAUCCUCAAAGCUGUAGGUCUCUCCAGGCUAUCGAUAUGCUACAGUGCUCGAGGGGACAAUCAUCGAGCCGUCGCCACAGCUCUGGAGGCUGUACAACUCGAGACGGAAGGCAGACCAUUCAGUGAUUCCUCCGUCGAGGCCAUCAGUCGCUUCUUCUACGGCCGAGCACUAUACAGAGCAGGCCGACAACGAGAAGCGUUGGAGCAGUUCGAUCUACCCAAGAAGUGCUCUCCAGCCGUGGCUUUCUGUAAAGAGCCUUCCGUCGAGCAUUGCGAGUACCUGCAAGAGCUGCUUGACGCCGGUGCUCAGAUGGAUACGCCAGACGAGCAUGGCUAUCAUGCAUUGGACUACGCUGUUUUCAACGGCAAUAAGACCGCGCAACGCAUUAUACUGAAGUCAUUGGAAAGAAAUGUCUCUCAGAAUUCAACGGCUGAGGAUGUCUCAGAGCGACUGGACAAGCGCCUGGAGGAGGCUAGACUCCGCAAGCACUAUCGUGAGAUCUUCCAGGACCAAAUGCGACCUGUUCUACUCAGUCGCAAAGACGACAGUCUACAUCGAAUCCGGCAGACGUACGCUUCCGCUAUCGACAGCAACAUCGAUUUCAGCAAGAGCUUCGAUCGCCUCAAAUUCGUCAAAUACGCCGACUUCCUAACCUUCAACCACUUCCCCCGCUCCAACGACGGCCUCACACAAAAGUUCAACCCAAAAGCCACCAACGCCGCCUCCCAACACAUCGUCUUCAUCUCCUACCGCUGGGUAAACCGCAACCCCUGGGCCCGCUACCCCGACAACGCCGAAAACAAACAAUACCACCGCAUCCUCCUCGCCAUCUCCGAAUACCUCACCCUCCACCCCUCCCUCCAUCCCUCCAACCUCGGAAUCUGGAUCGACUUCGCCUGCAUCGACCAAGACGCCCCUAUGCCGGGCAUCUCCGCCCUACCGCUCAUCAUCGCGCAGUGUGAUGCUCUGAUCAGCCUCGUGGAUGAGCAGUAUCAUCAGCGGGCGUGGUGUUCGGUUGAGGUUAUGAUGGUUCAGGCGUUGAGGGAGAGGUAUGGGGUGCAUGUUUGGUAUGAGCAUGUGCUGGAGGGGGGUUUGAGGAGGGGGUCGCGGGAGUUGAAGCCGGAGCCUGGGGGAAAGGAGUUGGGGGUUGAGAGGGAUCGGGAGAGGGUGGUGUUUUUGGAGAGGCAGUGUCGCUUGUUGUGCUAG